AUGGAGAAACUAUUGAGAUCAUCUUUGUCCUUUCCUGUCGAUCUAACCAGAGAGAUACUCUCAAGGCUGCCUGAGAAAUCUGUUGCCAGGUUUCGUUGCGUGUCGAAGCUCUGGUCAUCAAUCACCACCGAUCCAUAUUUCAUAGACUUGUUCGAAACUCGGUGCCCAGGGCCAAGUCUCCUAAUCUACGUCAGAAAAGAUGACAAUAAUUUGUGUGCUUACUCGAUUCCCCAACAUUCUCUGAAGGCUUACUCUUCUUCUUCUCUGCCUUUUAUCCGUCGACGUUAUCACUUUGAUCUACCAGGAGAGUAUUCUAACUUUACCUUUACGGAAUCUGUCCAUGGCUUGAUCUGUGUUCAAGCAGAUCAAAAGCCAAUAGUUUGGAUUUGGAACCCUACAAUGACAAGUUUUUUACCUUUACCAAAUCCCAACAACCCUAGCUGGAAAAGAGUAACACUCUUUCUAGGAUACGAUCCCAUAAAAGGUAAACACAAAGUUGUGUGCAUUCGCUGUGACAAAGUUCCAUACGAAUGCCGAGUUUUAACAUUAGGAUCACCUCAAGAAUCAUGGAGAACGGUGGAAACAGAUGUCAAGCACCGUGCUUGCUGUUUAACUUCUGAAGGACGAUGCAUCAAUGGGGUGAUAUAUUAUAAAGCCGGUAUAUAUUAUAACGCUGGUAUGUGUUAUUCGCCCAAUCUAGCUUUAAUGAGCUUUGGUGUCAGAUCUGAAAAGUUCCAUAUGAUAGAAAGACCACCUGGUGCUCUUAGCCUUGAUUGUCUGCUAAAUUAUGGGGGGAGGUUAGCUUGUACUGAUUAUUGCUUAGGAAGAUUGUGGAUUUUGGAGCAUGCAGAGAGGAAGUGGUCGACUAAAGACUUUCUUGUACCUUCACAAUACUAUGAACCGAGUUUGGAAACCAAGUUCAAAGCAAUCGGUUUCACUCAUGCUGGUGAGUUUGUUUAUUUACCAGAAGACAUGUUUCCUAGGUCGUUUUGUAUUUUGUUUUAUGAUCCGGUGAGGAACUGCUGUAGAAGACUCAAGUUUAAAGAAAUCGCAGAGGAAGAAUCUUGGCUCGAUAGGCAUGAGCUCCUUGUUUUCCCGAAUUACACUGAGAGUCUAAAGUCUCUUGUAAGAUUUAGUUAG